AUGACGAAGGAGGCGGAGAGGGCCGGCGAGGAUGGUUGGGACAGGAAGAGGAAGAAGACGCUGGGGCGGCAGAAGAUCGAGAUCAAGCCCAUCAAGUGCACCGAGGCGCGGCACGUGUGCUUUUCCAAGCGCCGGACCGGCCUCUUCAAGAAGGCCACUGAGCUCUCCGUGCUCUUCGGCGCGCACGUCGCCAUCGUCGUGUUCUCCCCCGCCGGGAAGCCCUUCUCGUACGGCCACCCGUCCGUGGACGCCGUCGUCGAACGCUUCCUCGAUCCCGCCGCCGUCACCGCCGCCGCGGCGGCCUCGGCGGCGGCGAUGCACCCCGCGGUCCUGUACGAUUUCGAGAGCGAUAUGGAACGCCUGGCCAAGGCCGUUGAGGCGGAGGCGCGCAGGAGGGACGCGCUCGACGCAGCGGCGCGCGCGGCCGGCGUGUGGACCAGCGACGACGUGGAGUCCGCGGGGAUGCCGGACCUAGUCGCCAUGCUCGGCAUGCUCCAGCGAGUCCAGGCCGAGGCGGCGGAGCGGGCCCAGGAGAUCAUCUCCGAGGAGGCCAUGAUGCAGUGCACGACGGUCAGCGACGUCUUCCACUACCUCGGCACCGGCACGUUCACGGCUGGCGGCGGGGUCAGCAGCCAUCAGGUGGUCAUGGACACGCAGAUGAUGGUGAUGGGCGGCAGCGUUAACGUUGGCCAUGCGCUGCCUCCUCCUUUCAAUCAUGGCUUUGACGACAACCUUAUCCCGGGCUAUGACCAGUGGAGUAGCCAUGUCGUGGGAGCAGCCCUCCCAUACAAAACUGGUACUAAAUAUAACUAUAAUGAACAGUAA